AUGCCACAAAAAGCUCUCAAAGUCACGAAGCAGGCCAAAGACCCCAGAAGAGUGACGAAAAAGCAGAAAAAUCUGAGGAAGGCUGCUCCUUUGCAAAUUAAGUCCAAAAAGAAAUCGCUAUCACAUCUCAAAAAACUCAAUAAGGUCUCGUCGCUGACUGUAUCAACGGAAAAACUGAUAGCGAGCCGAGUCGGCCAUUUGGAGCUCUUGAAGGGUACCAGAAAAGAACUGGAAACUCAAAAGAAAAAGGACUCUAAAUAA